UCCGACGUCACCGUAUCGUUCAGUUCACGCGUGCCUGGGGACGCCGAAGUUCGGGGCUGUCAUGACAACGUACGCGACGUCACAACGUCGGCCAUCGUGCGCGUCCCCGCGGAUGGUUGUUGGGCGCAAAUAGCGAACUCGGGUAGUACCGCCAAGGAAAGAUGUCUGAAGGCCCCUCCAACAUAUCUGGCCCAAUUCCACCAGAUCCAACACUAUUCCCAGACUUUUACCACCGGCCAGUAUCAGCUCGGGGAAGGUUAGAAGGAAACAGCCUGAAACUCGACUUUCUCUCAGGGCCGUUACUUCCGGAUCCCACUUUGUACCCAUCGUGCUACAGUGCCAGGCCUCAGCCAGCUCCUCGUGUGCGUUCAAAUGCUAGAGAGAUCCUGGAGAGAGGACAAAAGGGUUCUGUUGGUGUGCUGCUGCAAUUGGAAGGAGUGUCACUACAUAGACAGUUCUCACCAAGAAGGAAGGAACCAAGGGAUCAUGAGAAGGAGAACGUGAGGCGAAUGCGUGAGAUCCAGAAGAAAUGCAGGGAGAAGGACCAAGAGCGUGAGCAAAAUGGCCCCAAACCGGUCAAAGCCCUGUGGAAGUCCCAGAAGUAUGAGUCUGUUUCUUCCAAAGUGAUGGCUCGCUUACAGGAGAACUCAUCGGUGAAGCCUUUGGAUAAACAGCACUACCUUAAAGCACAUUCACGAUGUGGGACUGGGAUUAGCCCAAAAAGAUCCUCGUCGCCAAACCCAACAAAAGCAGAGAUCUGUGCUGAAGCAUCAGAGAGGGUUAACCUCGAUACUCAGGUCAAAGAUGUUAAUAUAGAUUUCAUUAGGCGCAACGCACAGAAUGCAAGAAGAAUGCCAGUGCGACGCUCCAAGUCCCUGCAGUCCCUUACAGAUGUUCUGGACAGGAAAGCAAAGGAACAACAGGAGUACAUAAGCAAGAAUAAAGGACAGCUACCCCAGUACUUAAUUGAACGGCGGAACCAGUGGAGGAAAGAGGAGGAGGAACGACAGAAAAACAUCCCCGACCCUAGCAUGCCUCCCGGUCACACUAGGAUGCCAGAGGAUGAAAGGCUGGAAACACUCAGUUCCCUUCUUCAAACUCAAAAGCAGCUGACCAAGCAAUUGCUGAUGUUUCCCGUACAAGUGGAUACCAUUGGCAUGCAGAAUCGACGCACGGACCUUGAGAAGAAGCUGGCAGAGAUUGAAGAGGCCAUCAAAAUCUUCUCAAGACCCAAAGUUUUCAUCAAAAUCAAUGACUGAGCAGCUGUAUGAGGCUUUGAGCGGAGAUGUUGCUGGAUGCCAGAAACCUACAUGAAGCCAAGACGCACUGUGAUUCCUGAGUCUGAUGAUAAUCUUUCCCAUAAAUCUGUAAAUAAAUUAUCAGAAUAUUUUAAAAAAGAAUUAUAUGUUAAUUUUGUAUUAUCAAUGUUAUUAAAUUCAUUUUUGAAAAAGUGA